GAUCCGGAUGCCGAAAAUGGUGAGGUCAACGCUUACAAGCUUUAAUACGAUGGCUUUAUCAUUCUGUUUCAUUCUAUAUUAUAGUAACACCAACAGUUGCAGAUAAGAACAAUAAAGAGCGGACAAGAUUUUUGAAAUUACAGCAGAAAUGCGUACAUUUAGAAAAUCGUAUAGCAAAAUUGGUCGCUGAAAAUGAUCAAAUGCGUCGAAAAAGCGUCAUGCUUCCACCUACCGGCUCAUUACCAUGGUUUGAAACAGUUUGUCAUCAGAUGCGUGGGAAUCCUGUGGCUGAGUGUUAUUCAAAAUGUUGUGAUGAAAUUGGCAUGCCUAUUUCAACAUUACGAUCGUUGGUUGUCGAGAAAUCAGCAA